CGCGGACCCUCCUCCGAGCGGUAGGACGCGGCGGGCGCCAUUUCAGGGAGCAGUCGCUUCUGCCGAAGCUGAGCGUGAACCAUCUUAAUCGGGAACUUCCUCGGUUUUGGUAGCUCCCAUAUACUUUAUUCAGGCCCAUACUGCCCCCCCCCCAGUUGCAUUCGUUGACGGAAGAAUUUCGUCGUUGCGGGGCCCCCAUUCUCCUUCCCUCCGUAGCACGUCCGGAGCCAGAGCAAGCAAACAACGGUAGCGGCCGUCUUCCUCACGGACACCUGAGCCAGAAGCGCGACCUCCGGCAGCGUAGGUGUCUUGAAAAAAAUGGCUGAUGAUAUUGAUAUCGAAGCAAUGCUUGAGGCUCCUUACAAGAAGACUUGCCUAACGAUAUCUCACCUCUACUCCCAUGAAUUCACCUUUGAUUCCAGUGUGAACUGUCAAUCAUAAGGGCGAGAUGUGUGACAGAGGUGGCAUCAAGCUCUUACAGUCCCAACCCUCCAACGAAAAUGGGCGAAGAUCUCAGGAAUGGCAUCGGUCACAGGAAAUCGAUAGUGGCUGGCUGCUAGCUUGGCCACUUGGGGCUUAGGCAGAGAUAUAGCCUUGGUACUGGUCAAAAGGGAUCAUAGUCCAUGCAAAUGCUUUUAAACAUGAAACUUGCUUUUAUGUUUUUAUUUAUUUAACCACUUCAGUGCUGAAAACUGCAGGAUAAUGUAAGAUUGUAAGGAACUAUAUACAAUUUAAAUAUUUUCAUAAUCAGUAAUUUUUGUAGUUAUAAUUUUAUUACUUUAAAUAUAGCAGCAAAGUGGUUAAACAAGCCUAUGUAAAUUAGUACCCUCCAUUCUAACUGUAAAAUAAUUUAGUAUUAAAAUUUUUGUUUUGUAUUUUCUUAUCCCUAUUCCCAUUACCCUUUUGACCACUUGAAAUGUUUCCACUUCGUCCUCACGAUGUUCUUCUAUCAACCCUGCUUAGGAUGAGAACAAAUUGAGCAGUGCCAAUGGCCAUGAAGAGCGCAGCAAGAAGUAAAAAAAAGAGCAAGAGCAGAAGUCGUAGUCAUGACAGGAAAAGAAGUAGAAGUAAGGACCGCAAACGAAGUCGUGAGCGUGAGAGGAAAAAGAGCAAAAGCCGAGAAAGGAAACGCAGCAGGAGUAAAGAUAAAGAACGCAGACGUAGUCGUUCUAGAAGUCGAGAACGUCGUUUCAGAGGCCGCUACAGAAGUCCUUACUCUGGUCCAAAAUUCAACAGUGCCAUCAGAGGAAAGAUUGGCUUGCCUCACAGCAUCAAAAUAAGCAGACGACGCUCCAGAAGCAAAAGUCCAUUCAGAAAAGACAAGAGCCCUGUCCGAGAACCUAUUGAUAAUCUUACUCCAGAAGAGAGAGAUGCUCGAACAGUGUUCUGUAUGCAGCUUGCUGCAAGAAUUAGGCCAAGAGAUCUGGAAGAAUUUUUCUCUACUGUAGGAAAAGUUCGUGAUGUACGGAUGAUUUCCGAUAGAAACUCCAGGCGUUCCAAGGGAAUUGCUUACGUAGAAUUUGUUGAUGUUAGUUCAGUGCCCUUGGCAAUUGGAUUAACAGGACAGCGAGUGUUGGGAGUACCAAUAAUAGUACAAGCAUCCCAAGCAGAGAAAAAUAGAGCAGCAGCAAUGGCAAAUAAUCUACAAAAAGGCAGUGCUGGGCCCAUGAGACUCUAUGUAGGGUCAUUACACUUCAACAUAACCGAAGAUAUGCUUCGUGGAAUUUUUGAGCCAUUUGGCCGGAUUGAAAGCAUUCAGCUGAUGAUGGACAGUGAAACAGGGCGUUCCAAAGGAUAUGGCUUUAUUACUUUUUCAGACUCAGAGUGUGCUAAAAAGGCCUUGGAACAAUUAAAUGGAUUUGAGCUAGCUGGUCGGCCAAUGAAAGUUGGUCACGUAACUGAGCGUACUGAUGCGUCCAGUGCUAGCUCAUUUUUGGACAGUGAUGAAUUGGAAAGGACUGGCAUUGACUUGGGUACAACUGGUCGUCUUCAGUUGAUGGCAAGACUUGCUGAGGGUACUGGAUUGCAAAUUCCUCCAGCUGCACAGCAGGCUCUGCAGAUGAGUGGAUCGUUAGCAUUUGGGGCUGUGGCAGAUUUGCAGACAAGACUUUCACAGCAGAGUGAAGCACUGGCUGCAGCGGCUUCUGUACAACCACUGGCAACACAGUGCUUCCAGCUCUCCAACAUGUUUAACCCUCAAACUGAAGAAGAAGCUGGCUGGGACACAGAAAUUAAGGAUGAUGUGAUUGAAGAGUGUAACAAACAUGGAGGAGUUGUGCAUAUAUAUGUGGACAAAAAUUCAGCUCAGGGCAAUGUGUAUGUCAAAUGCCUUUCAAUAGCUGCCGCAAUUGCAGCUGUUAAUGCAUUACAUGGCCGGUGGUUUGCAGGUAAAAUGAUUACAGCAGCAUAUGUACCUCUUCCAACGUACCACAAUCUUUUUCCUGAUUCCAUGACUGCAACCCAGCUUUUGGUUCCUACUCGGCGAUGAAGAUGGAUUUAGUCAGUUUUGUACAUAGCUAUUUUUGAAGGAAGACCGAGUUACCUUUUAUUUAGAUAAAACAAAAGGAAAGGAUGUAAUGUCCUUUUGUGUACACUUCCUGUUACCUUUAAACAAAAAAUAAAGAGUAAGCAGGAAUGCUGUGUGUUCAUUCUCUCUUGAUUAGCAUUCCCACUGUAUACAAAGCUGACUACUUGUUCUGCCUUGUAAUUCUUGUACAUUUAGAAAAUUUGGCUACGGUGAUCUUUAGGAACAGAUGUAGUUCAUAGAAAAGAUUUUCUGUAAAAGGUGGCCAGGACAUGAUUUUUAAAUGUUUUCACCAGCCUUUUCUUUUAAUGCAGGUAAUACAUUUUACAUUCACUUAAAUGUAGAUGCUCUGCUAAAGGUUAAUAUCAGAAUUUAACUGGACAUAUUUAGUGUGUGUUUUGUAUGGACUGAAAAUUCAAAAGGCUACUGAGUGACUCUUGGUCAGCUGAUCACUUAAUGUUGACCAGUUGGCAACAUUGGAAACAUUAGAGCAUUUUAUUUCUAGAUGGUAACUUUUGAUUGUCUCUGUAAAAGUUUCUUGUAAAUAAGGUGUAAGGUGUGUUUAGAAUUCCAAACAAAGCUAUCUCUGCAUUUCCACAUUAAAGAUCCGUUGAUUGCAGGGAAUGUACCUAGUUUGAAAGUUGAAGUAGGAAAUGCAGGAAUAUAUUUUGUCUGGUUGCAUAUAAUCUCUGCUCUUUUUUAAGCUCUGUGAGCUCUGAAAUAUAUUUUUGGGUUACUUCCGUGUGUUUGACAAAACAGCUUGAUAUUUCUAUCAACAAAUGACUUUCAUAUUGCAACAAUCUUUGUAAGAACCACUCAAAUAAAACUCUCUUAAAGGCC